UACUCAAUUAGUUAAUGAUUUGCCCUAUAAAAAUCAAUCAAUUAAUUAAUAAAUUAAAGUGCAAUAUUAUGGCAAGUGGGAGUGGAGAUGGUCAAAGUGGGUCGCAACCACUUUUUACGCAAUCAUCUGACAAUAUUGAUGCUGCUAUGGUGAACAGUCAAGAUUCCGGUGAGGCGAAUGCCGUUGGUAACCUGACUGUUUUAGUUAACAUGCUCCUUGGGAAAGUAGAAGCGCUUUCCCAAAAAUUUGAUGAUGGCACAAGAACAGAUAGGUAUUUUAAUACUUCAAGUCUGGCAGGCUUGCUAGGUCAAUUGCAUGCAACUUCUCGCUCCAGUGAAGCACAGCUUCGUUUACCUUCAGGAAGCAUUAGAGAAGGCGCACAGGAAGGAAACAUUGUUCCUAGGCAAGACACGAAUGCAGCAGGGGAGCGUUCCACUGUUAACAGUGCAAAUGGAGUGACUAACACUGAGAACAGUAAUCCUAGCAUGGCGGGUUUCCUGGAACAUAAAGAUUUUUUUGUCAAUUCAGUGAACGACCAGAGUGGACUUAAUGAACAUCGUAAUGUGAGUAGCUUAACAGUUUUGCUUAGUUCUUUUGAUCAAAAGCUAUUCAAAUGUCACAAACUUCAGCUUGAGGUUGCUUAUUUAACUGAAUGCUUAGAUAAGAAAAUCUGUUGACGGUAGGGGUUCGAUUACUUUUGCGUGUGCAAAAUUGGUGGAUAGCAUUCUUAAACCUCUCAUUCACCAGGAAACACA